GUGUGGGGAGCCGAGGCGCGGACGGCGGGCAGGCAGUGCGCCGGGCAGCUCCCGGCCGGCGGCCAUGGCGGCGGCUCUGGGGGUGCGGGGGGCGACGCGGCGCUUGUUGGCGGCGCUGCGGGGUUGGAACCCCGGCCUCGCGGCCAUGUCAGCAGAUGCUCACUUGUUGACAGCAGAGGAGAGGAACCAAGUCAUACUCGACCUUAAAGCAGCAGGAUGGUCAGAAUUAAGAGAGAGAGAUGCCAUCUACAAAGAGUUCUCCUUCAAAAAUUUUAAUCAGGCCUUUGGCUUUAUGUCCCGAGUUGCUCUACAAGCAGAGAAGAUGAAUCAUCACCCGGAAUGGUUCAAUGCCUACAACAAGGUCCAGAUAACUCUCACCUCGCAUGACUGUGGUCAGCUGACCAAAAGAGACGUGAAACUGGCCAAGUUCAUUGAAAAAGCAGCUGCUGCUUCGUGAUUCCUUUCAAAAUGCUUGUAAAAUCUUAUACACUUCUUAGGUGUAAUGUACUUUGAGGGUGAUUUACAUGAACAAAUUACACUGAAAAUUUAUUUUGCCUAUAUACCACAUUUUGUAAAAUCAGUGCUUAAAUACAAAAUUAUUUAAAUUUGA